AAACUGAAUCAGUCGACGAAUUCUGUGAUAGACGCCGGUUGUUCAUUUUGAGUUCUGUCGCGGUUGCCAUUUGCAAUUUUCAAUAAAACACGUGCAUACGUGCUGUGCGACAAAUUCGCAAAUUUACGGGCAAUUUACAUUCAUUCACGCACAUUUCCAAAACAAAACAUAGACGAGCUUGACAACGAAACGCGAGAUGUCGACACCGAAUUGUUAUCUUGUGCUCGAGGAUGGCACCAUAAUGCCGGGCUGCUCGUUCGGUGCCAAGAACACGCCCACAAGCGGCGAAGUCGUCUUCCAAACCGGCAUGGUUGGCUACACGGAGGCGCUAACAGAUCGCUCAUACAGCUCACAGAUUCUGGUGUUGACCUAUCCUCUGAUUGGCAACUAUGGUGUACCUAAUGUCAAGGAACUGGACGCAUAUGGAUUGCCUGAGCAUUUCGAGUGGUUCGAGGGUGCUGUGCAGGCGGCUGGCCUCGUUGUGGGCGAGAUUUGUGAGACACCGUCGCAUUGGCGCUCCCACCAGACGCUCUCACAGUGGCUGGCCGAGCACAAUGUGCCCGGCAUCAGUGGCAUCGAUACGCGUGCGCUGACCAAAAAGCUGCGCGAACAGGGCAGUCUGCUGGGACGUAUUGUUUACGAGGCGCCAACGCUACCCUUGGCUCUGGCCUUCGAGGAUCCCAAUCAACGCAAUUUGGCUAAAGAAUGUGCAGUCAAGGAGCCCAUGCUCUACAAAUCGCUGCAGCCAACUGGAGUGCGGAUUGCUGUGCUGGAUUGUGGUCUCAAACUGAAUCAAUUGCGUUGCCUGCUGCAACGGGGAGCCUCGGUGCAACUGUUGCCCUGGAGCAGUGAGCUGAAAACCGACGACUAUGAUGCACUGUUCUUGUGCAAUGGUCCCGGUGAUCCAAGCAGCUGCAAACCGAUUGUGGAGCAAGUGCAGCGUGUGCUGCAGGCGGGCAACAAGCCCAUCUUUGGCAUCUGUCUGGGACAUCAGUUGCUUGCCACGGCUAUCGGUUGCGACACCUUCAAGAUGAAGUACGGCAAUCGUGGCCACAAUCUGCCUUGUUUACAUCGUGCCAGCGGACGUUGUCUGCUCACCUCACAGAAUCACGGUUAUGCUGUUGAUCUGGCCAAGCUGCCCAGCGAUUGGGAGGAGCUUUUUGUGAAUGCCAACGAUUCCACUAACGAAGGCAUUGUGCACCGCACUAAACCAUAUUUCUCAGUGCAAUUCCAUCCCGAGCAUCAUGCCGGACCGCAGGACACGGAAUUCCUGUUCGAUGUCUUCAUCGAUGUCAUACGUCAGCCACAGUUCACGGUGCCACAACUGAUCGAACGACGUCUGAGCGCUCUGCGCCCCGGUCCACAGCCGCAGCCGCAACGGCCACGCAAGGUGCUCAUCUUGGGCUCGGGUGGUCUCUCAAUUGGCCAGGCCGGGGAAUUUGAUUAUUCGGGAUCGCAGGCGAUUAAAGCAAUGCGUGAAUGCAAUAUACAAACUGUGCUGAUUAAUCCCAACAUUGCCACCGUUCAAACCUCCAAGGGUAUGGCAGAUAAAUGUUAUUUCCUGCCCCUCACACCCGACUAUGUGGAGCAGGUGAUUAAAUCGGAACGACCCAACGGUGUGUUGCUCACCUUUGGCGGCCAGACGGCGCUCAAUUGUGGCGUCGAAUUGGAACGCGCCGGCAUCUUUGCCAAGUACAAUGUGCGCAUUCUGGGCACACCCAUACAAUCCAUCAUUGAGACGGAGGAUCGCAAACUCUUUGCACAGCGUGUGAAUGAGAUUGGCGAACAGGUAGCACCCUCGGAGGCUGUCUAUACGGUGGCCGAGGCCCUCGAGGCAGCUCGACACUUGGGCUACCCAGUAAUGGCGCGUGCUGCCUUCUCGCUGGGCGGUCUUGGUUCUGGGUUUGCCAACAACGAGCAGGAACUGGAGGCACUGGCACAACAGGCCCUGGCUCAUUCCAGCCAAUUGAUUGUGGACAAGUCCCUGAAAGGUUGGAAGGAGGUGGAGUACGAGGUGGUGCGUGAUGCCUACGACAAUUGCAUCACCGUCUGCAACAUGGAGAACUUUGAUCCCUUGGGCAUACAUACGGGUGAAAGUAUUGUUGUGGCUCCCUCUCAAACACUCUCGGAUCGCGAAUAUCAAAUGCUGCGCAGCACCGCACUCAAGGUUAUCCGACACUUUGGCGUUGUCGGCGAGUGCAACAUUCAGUAUGCAUUGUGUCCACACUCGGAGCAGUAUUACAUCAUUGAGGUGAAUGCGCGUUUGUCGCGCAGCUCGGCGCUGGCCAGCAAGGCGACGGGUUAUCCUCUGGCCUAUGUGGCCGCCAAGUUGGCGCUGGGCGAACCCUUGCCAGAGAUACGCAACUCGGUGACGGGCAAUACGACCGCAUGCUUUGAGCCCAGCUUGGAUUAUUGUGUGGUCAAAAUACCGCGCUGGGAUUUGGCGAAAUUCGUGCGCGUGAGCAAACACAUUGGCAGCUCCAUGAAGAGUGUCGGCGAGGUGAUGGCCAUCGGACGCAGCUUUGAGGAGGCCUUCCAGAAGGCACUUCGCAUGGUCGAUGGUGAUGUGCAAGGCUUCGAUCCCUACCUGUCGCCGGUGGACAAGGAACAGCUAUCCGAGCCAACGGAUCGACGUCCCUUCGUGCUGGCCGCUGCUCUCAAGGCGGGUAUGUGCAUCGAGGAAUUGCAUGAGUUGACCAAAAUCGAUCGUUGGUUCCUGCAUAAGUUGCAGCACAUCAUCGAAUUCUAUGGCCAGCUGGAGACGGCGGGCAAUCAAUUGACACCACAGCUGCUGCUAAGUGCCAAGCGUAUGGGAUUUGCGGACAAACAGAUUGCCAUGGCUACCAAAAGCACCGAGUUGGCGGUGCGACAACAGCGUCUGGAGCUCAACAUACGGCCAUUUGUCAAACAGAUCGAUACGGUGGCCGGUGAAUGGCCGGCGAGCACCAAUUAUUUGUACAACACGUACAAUGCAGCCGAGCACGAUGUGCUCUUUCCGGGUUCGCACACCAUUGUCGUCGGAUCGGGUGUCUAUCGCAUUGGGUCGUCGGUGGAGUUCGAUUGGUGUGCCGUGGGUUGUUUGCGCGAACUGCGACGUCUGAAAAAGUCAACGAUUAUGAUCAAUUACAAUCCGGAAACUGUGUCCACCGACUACGAUAUGUGCGAUCGCUUGUACUUUGAGGAAAUUAGCUUUGAAGUGGUCAUGGAUAUCUAUGAGCUGGAACGUUCCGAUGGCAUUAUACUCUCGAUGGGUGGCCAAUUGCCAAACAAUAUUGCCAUGGAUCUGCAUCGACAGCAGGCCAAGGUGUUGGGCACAUCGCCGGAGUCGAUUGAUUGUGCCGAGAAUCGCUUCAAAUUCUCCCGCAUGCUUGAUCGCAAGGGCAUUUUACAGCCACAGUGGAAGGAGCUGACCAACCUCCAGUCGGCCAUUGACUUUUGCCAGGAGGUUGGCUACCCGUGCCUGGUGCGUCCAUCCUAUGUGCUGUCCGGUGCCGCAAUGAAUGUGGCGUAUUCAGAUCAGGACCUCGAGACGUAUUUAAAUGCGGCCUCCGAAGUGAGCCGCGAACAUCCGGUGGUCAUUUCCAAGUUUUUGACCAAUGCCAAGGAGAUCGAUGUGGACGCUGUGGCCGCCGAUGGGCAAAUCCUUUGCAUGGCCGUCUCCGAGCACGUGGAAAAUGCUGGCGUGCAUUCGGGUGAUGCCACCUUAGUCACACCACCGCAAGAUCUUAAUGCCGAGACCCUCGAGGCCAUCAAGCGCAUCACACGCGAUCUGGCCAGUGUGCUGGAUGUGACGGGACCUUUCAAUAUGCAACUGAUUGCCAAGAACAACGAGUUGCGUGUCAUCGAGUGCAAUGUGCGUGUUUCACGCUCCUUCCCCUUUGUAUCCAAGACUCUGGAUCAUGAUUUCGUGGCAACUGCAACGCGUGCCAUUGUUGGCAUGGAUGUGGAACCACUUGAUGUAUUGCAUGGCGUUGGUAAAGUGGGUGUCAAGGUGCCACAAUUUAGUUUCUCACGUCUCGCGGGCGCCGAUGUUCAAUUGGGCGUCGAGAUGGCUUCCACCGGUGAGGUAGCCUGCUUUGGCGACAAUCGCUAUGAGGCCUACUUAAAGGCCAUGAUGUCCACAGGUUUUCAGAUACCCAAGAAUGCCAUACUGCUCUCCAUUGGCAGCUUUAAGCACAAAAUGGAGCUGCUGUCCUCGAUACGCGACCUUGCCAAGAUGGGCUACAAGCUGUAUGCUUCCAUGGGAACUGGAGACUUUUAUGCAGAGCAUGGUGUUGAUGUCGAAUCCGUGCAGUGGACAUUCGAUAAGACAACGCCCGAUGAUAUCAACGGCGAGCUGCGACAUUUAGCCGAGUUUUUGGCCAACAAACAAUUUGAUUUGGUUAUCAAUCUGCCCAUGCGAGGCGGAGGAGUGCGCAGAGUCUCUUCCUUCAUGACCCAUGGCUAUCGCACUCGUCGCCUGGCCGUCGACUACUCCAUACCGCUGGUGACGGACGUCAAGUGCACCAAGUUGCUGGUGGAAUCGAUGCGCGUGACUGGCCGCAAUCCGGGCAUGAAGACGCACACCGACUGCAUGACCUCGCGUCGCAUUGUGAAGCUGCCCGGCUUCAUCGAUGUGCACGUGCAUCUGCGUGAACCAGGCGCCACACACAAGGAGGACUUUGCCAGCGGCACUGCAGCCGCUCUGGCCGGUGGCGUUACCAUGGUCUGUGCCAUGCCCAAUACGAAUCCCUCGAUUGUCGAUCGCGACACCUUCAAUCAGUUCCGUGAGCUGGCGCGUCUCGGAGCCCGUUGUGAUUAUGCACUGUAUGUGGGUGCCUCGGACACCAACUGGGAGCAUGUGCAUGAGCUGGCCACCCAGGCGUGUGGUCUAAAGAUGUAUCUGAACGAUACGUUUGGCACCCUGCGUCUCAGUGACAUGGCCGCCUGGCAGCGACAUCUCUCGCGCUGGCCCAAGCGGGCGCCCAUCGUUUGUCAUGCCGAGCGACAGAGCACGGCGGCGGUCAUUCUAUUGGCACAUCUGCUGGAGCGUCCUGUGCACAUCUGUCAUGUGGCGCGCAAGGAGGAGAUCCAGCUGAUACGCGCCGCCAAGGAGAAGGGCAUACGUGUGACGUGCGAAGUGUGUCCGCAUCAUUUGUUCCUCAGCACCAAAGACGUGGAGCGUUUGGGUGCCGGCAUGGCGGAGGUGCGUCCUCUCUUGUGUUCACCUGAGGAUCAGGAGGCACUUUGGGAGCACAUGGAGUACAUUGAUGUGUUUGCCACCGAUCAUGCACCGCACACGCUCGAGGAGAAGCAAUCGGAACGUCCGCCACCGGGUUUCCCUGGACUGGAGACCAUACUGCCGCUGCUGCUCCAGGCGGUCCACGAGGGGCAUCUGACCAUGGAGGAUAUCAAGCGCAAGUUCUAUCGCAAUCCGCGCAACAUCUUCAAUUUGCCCGAGCAGCCGCAAACGUAUGUGGAAAUCGAUCUCGAUGAGGAAUGGACUAUCAGCAAUAGCGAGCUGAAGACCAAGGCACGCUGGACGCCCUUCAAUGGCACCAAGGUUAAGGGUCGUGUCCAUCGCGUUGUCCUACGCGGCGAGGUCGCCUUCAUCGAUGGCCAGGUGCUCGUCCAGCCCGGCUACGGUCAGAAUGUGCGUGCCAAGCUGUCGUUGCCGCAGAAAUCGGAGACGGAGGGCAGCAGCGAUCUGCUAAGCGACACCGAUGCCAACGAUACGUUCGCCCGUCUGCUGACCGAAGGUGGCGUUGCCAAUCGUUCCAGUACCGUGCACUUUGAGGAUGAGGCAAACACUUCGCCAGCAGCGGGCAGCUUCUUGCGUCCGGUGUCGCCGUCGCCACGUCUGCGCCUCGAUUCGUCGAGCAAUACCACGCUCAAGGAGUAUUUGCAGAAGAACUCACCGAAUCCUGUGGCCCAUUGUCUGGUGGGCAAGCAUGUCAUCUCGGUGGACAUGUUCGGCAAGGAGCAUUUGAACGAUAUUUUCAAUUUGGCGCAGCUGCUGAAGUCGCGCGUCACCAAGGAUCGCCCCGUGGAUGAUUUGCUGCGUGGCAAAGUCAUGGCCAGCAUCUUUUAUGAGGUGAGCACACGCACCCAGUGCAGCUUUGGUGCCGCAAUGCAGCGACUGGGCGGACAUGUGAUCAAUAUGGAUCAGGUCACGUCGUCGGUGAAGAAGGGCGAAACGCUCGAGGACAGCAUCAAGGUGAUGGCCAGCUAUGCGGAUGUGUUGGUGUUGCGUCAUCCCGAACCAGGUGCAGUUGCUCGCGCUGCUUCGUUCUCGCGCAAACCGCUCAUCAAUGCCGGCGAUGGUGUGGGAGAGCAUCCCACGCAGGCUCUGCUGGAUGUCUUCACCAUACGCGAGGAGAUUGGUACUGUAAACGGCCUGACCAUCACCAUGGUGGGUGACUUGAAGAACGGGCGGACUGUGCAUUCACUGGCCCGCCUGCUGACACUCUAUAAUGUGACGCUGCAGUAUGUGGCACCGCCUGGUCUGGGCAUGCCCGAGGCCAUUAUGCGGUAUUUGGAUCAACGUGGCGUGCAUCAGCGCACUUUCGAUAGCAUUGAGCAGGCUCUGCCCAGCACCGAUGUGCUCUACAUGACACGCAUACAGCGCGAACGCUUCCAGACUGAGGAAGAAUACAAGCGCUGCUGUGGCCACUUUAUUGUCACGCCCAAGCUGAUGACGCGUGCCAAUAAGCGUACAAUUGUCCUGCAUCCCUUGCCCCGUGUUGAGGAGAUUAGCCGUGACUUUGACUCGGAUCCACGUGCCGCCUACUUCCGACAGGCCGAGUAUGGCAUGUACAUUCGCAUGGCUUUGUUGGCCAUGGUUGUUGGCUGCCGCAGCACCGCUCUCUGAGCGCAUUACAAUACUUUUUUUUAAUAUUUUUUUUUCUACAAUUUUCUACAUUUUGUAUGUACUAUGUGAUAGGUAUAAAUAUACAAACGCCAACAGCGCGUUGACAUAAUUAAUUUAGUGGUGUAUUCAAAACAAACGCGCUUACAACGACUACAGCGUUAUCGUGUAUCGAUCAACAUAUCAAAAUAUGUGCUCCUCCCGUAGUCUGAGUAUCGAGACUGCUCCACACACACAGCAUCGCUUACAUCAAGAUUUCCCCAAGUUGGCAGCCCGACGCAUAUUUUUGAUGCUAAUCGUUAACUUUUAACCGAAUUUUA